UCUAAUGACGGAUGCGCAAAUAUUCAUAAUGAUUAUACGACAAAAGGUUCAAGGAUUUUUAAUUAUACGGACGUUAGUAACUGCUACAAGAGUAUCCAAUAUGAUGUAGGGGUUGCUAAUCAGACGAUUCAAACAUUAAAUGGAAUUUUUAACGGAUUCUAUCCUUUUUUGGACAUGGCAAGAAAUCCACCACCAAAUGGAUUUAAUUAUAGUUCAAUGAAUAUAACAUUUGAGUUAGAUCGUUUAUUAAACAAAACUUAUGGAACUUUGGUUCAAUUUAUGACCGACGUUAAAAAUGUCACUAAUCAAUUGAAAGAUGGGCACACAAAUUUUGUGACAAGUUGUUUUUCAACAUUCGCUUUUUUUUCCAAUAUAACACUAUAUUCCACUAUUGGUACAAAUGGUAUUCAGACUAUAAAAGUCCGUAAUGAUUCUAUAGAUCCCUCUAACAAUGAUUGCGAAGUAACUCUUAUUGAUGGCAUUCAAGCAUUUCAAGUGAUUUACGAAUUUGCUCGAGAUUCUGUUUUUAUUUCAAGAGACAUUGGUGUGCGAUUUAAUAUAGCUCUUGAUGAUGUUGAUGCUGACAACUCAUUUUCAUAUAGAUUAACUUUACCACCAACAUCAAACAUUACGUAUAAACUCAAUUGUAAUAAUACUGUAAAGGAUAUUACCAGAUUUUGGAUAGCCAUGAGUAUUCCUGAAAUUUUAAACUUGUUUAAUGAUUCGAAUACUUUUUUAAAAAAUCGUUGCAAAAUCUCUACUACAAAUCAAACAUUAUCCCAAAGAGGGUUAAAUGAAACACAGAGUAUUGGAAUUUUCGAUAUUACUCAAGAAUAUAAGGGUGAUCAUUAUUACCCAGAGAAAUCUAUAAAUAUAACCACAACCAGAACUAUCCCUGAAUUUAUUAGUUUUUUCAAAAAUGAUAGUCUUGGAUUUGUUAAAAUAUUUACUGAAAAAGUCAUUUUAAAUGACACUGUAGCUAUAAAUACAAUUAAAGGAUUUGAAGAAUUAGCAACUUCGGGAGUUAAGAAGGUCGUUCUUGAUUUAUCUAAUAAUUUUGGUGGUUCGAUUGCAGUUAGUGCCUUUAUCAGCUUGAUCUUAUUUCCAAAAGCCAAUCCUUUCUUUGAUUAUGAUUUUAGAGCCACUAAAUCACUUGAAUUUGCACUAGACAAUGGUGUUUUAUUUAACAGAACUGAAUUUAUAUCAACUAAUAAUGAUCUAAUUGGUAAUAAUUCUUACACACGUGGUAAUAUUACGGAAAGUUAUUCAAAUAAGUUUUCUCCAAAUAUUUUAGAUUUACUCACUAGUUUUAUAGCACAAUAUUUGAAAACACCAAUUCCUUGGACAUCUAAUGACAUUAUUAUUUUGACAAAUGGUGUGUGCGGAUCAGCUUGCGCUCUUAUAGCUGAACUUGCAGCUGAGAAUAAUGUGUCUACUGUAGCAGUUGGUGGGAUUGCAAACACAUCGCUAUCAUAUUUUUCUUUUCCCGGAGGAUUCUAUAUCAAUUCAUCAUUGAUAUUGGGAUUAAAUUCAUCGAACAAUAAUUUGAUACCUAAACCUUUUCCUUUGGAUGCAUAUAUUACACUUCCUUAUACAGAAGUUUAUAGUAAAAUACUCCCUGACCAACCAUUGGAAUUUCUAUAUAAUCCAGCUAAAUAUAGAUUGUAUUACGAUCAAGAUUGUAUUCAGAAUCCAUCUAUAUUAUGGUCGAAGGCAGUUGCUUUGCUAAAAUAA